AUGCCAAAUUCUUUUCCUAUCGAGCGCAAGGACCAGAAGUCCAUCAUCGCCGUCGGUGUGGUGUUCAGUGUCCUCGCUGCCGUGGCUGUUGGGAUGCGACUGGUGUCGAGGAGGAUAAUUGGCCGGGCGUUCGACUGGAGUGACUUCUUGAUAAUAGCAGCAUGCAUCACAGUGAUAUCAUAUUGGGCCACGGCAUUGGCAGGCGUUGUCAUAGGAGGAUUGGGCUUCCAUGUGGGGGAAAUAAUAGACAUGUAUGGCCAUGCGGAGGUCGAGAUCGCUUUUCAGAUUUCUUUCGCCUUGCAAAUACUUUGGGCGAUAGCAGGUGGUCUGUAUAAGGCUUCAAUACUUCUCUUCUACAUCGAGAUAUUUCCCACCCUCAAACAAUGGGGGCGAGUCACCAUGGCCAUCAUCGUCUGCUACACGCUCAGCACAACUUUGGCGGCCGUUCUAGUUUGCGAGGAGGUGGAUGACAACUGGGAAUACGAGAAACUGUUUCAGGGGAAAUGCGGAGAUCGUAUCCUAGUCUUCCGUGUCACCGGUGCCCUCAACAUCGUUUCGGACGUUGUUGUUCUGUUACUCCCGGUCCCCAACGUCCUCAAGCUACAGCUUCCAUUGUACCGCAGGUUGGUUCUUUUGGCCACGUUCACCCUCGGCCUGUUCACCUGCGUGAUCAGCAUCAUACGAUUAGGAACACUGUCGAGCCUGAGCCCAGGAGACUUCCGAGACACGCCCUAUGCGAUCAUGCAAACAGUCAUAUGGAGCGGGUUGGAGCCAAGCUUCGCCGUCAUUCUUGCCUGCGUGCCGCUAAUGAGGCCGCUCUUCCUCCGCAUCCGCGGCGUCGUGGAAUUUUCGGAAGACCGAAGCAAAUCGAUGUCGGCGAAUGGCCAGUCUCUCUCCAUGAGAACCGCACCACGGGUGUUGGCAUAUAAUCAGAUCGUCGACAGCGUUGCUGUCCCGGCGUCUACGGCGAGGGUUCAUAACAUGGAGGCAAUGCUGAUUUCGAGAGAUGGCAGUCCGAUUUCUGAUAUGGAACUAGGAAACAUUGUGCAUUCAAGUCGAUCUAAUUAA